CCGCCGCCGGAGCUGCAGCAGACGCCACUCGCCAGCGCCGACCAGCCGACGCCAUCAGCGCCGCCGGCGUCGCGGCCCCGCCGCCGCAGCGGCACCCGCCGCCGCGAUGGCUUUCUGGAAGGGGAAGUUUUCAUUCAGAGUCCCAAGGUGAAAAGUACAAAAUGGCUAGACGACCGCUACCAAAGACGAGGAAGGGCCCGCGGGCCCGCAAAAACAAGCCGCGCGUCAUCCCGGAACAGGAUCGUCGCAUCUGCGGCAGCAUCUGUCUGUGCCAGCUGACGGUAGUUGCCAGCUGCGUCGCCAUCGUCUAUCUGACGGUGGUCGUGUACCUACCGUCGCACCGUGUCUUUAGAUCAAGCAUCAAUCCCGUACCUGUUAUGUGCCACACCGCCGAAACCAUCAUGAUGAAGAACAACUGUCCCUGGGCAUCAUGCGGCGAGUGGUGCCUCACCAGGACCACGGGAUUCUGCCCCCAGAUCCACGUCACGGUGAGGCGCAACGGAACAGAAAUCCUGUUCCAGGACUGUACGAACAUCCACAACGUCGAUUGCCCCCAGGUUAAUCCCUCAUCACUUCCCAAAUUCAACUGUAACAACGGGUCGGAGUGUGGAGCGCUGACCGGCUUCUACUCGUGUAAAAACGGCCAUUGUGACGGCAUGUCGAAAAUGCACGAGUGCACCUACAAGGCGGACGGCCUUGUCAUCGAUAGCGAGCGCGACAACGCCAAGCUCAACGGCUACUUCCUCUGCAAGAAGGCCCGCUGUACCAAGGCCCGCAACGUGCAGUGCGUGCGCAUCUGCCCCCGCAUCGAGACGCUACACGCGACGCUGAUGGCGCGCAGCGGCGACUCGGUGCGAGCAGCGCACUGCGAGCGCGCAAUCGCUGUGUACCCCAACGGCACCCUGCACGACGAGCCCUUCUGGGACGCCUACGGCGGCGACGUCUUAUUUGUGUCCUGCACGCACCUGGAACCCGACGGGACCAGCUUCAGGGGCGGAGAUUGCAUCAACGGAACGCUGGUGAACGCGGACGAGAUGCCGCAACCGACGAUGAACUUCAGCGUGCUGUGGAAGUUGGCCAACGGUCCACGGCCUGCUGACCCAGACCAACUUGUGGCGCCCGCACAGGAGAACAUCACGAUCUUCAACCGGUCGCGCCUCUUCAUCAAUCUUGAGGCUUGCGUCAACACGCUGCAGGGCGAGUGUCGCGCCUUCGCGGAUUCUCACGGCCAGGAUGGACGCAACAGCACCGCACCUUCACGCUUCCCAUGCUACUACGACAAGAACAACUCGUUUUUCGUGGUGGCCCGUUUCGACCGGCAGAGGACGCAGCGCGAGCUGGUGAUCGGCGUGACAGUGCCGGGGAGCCUCUUCCUCAUGUCGCUUGUUACGCUGUGCGUGAUGACCCGGUCGGUGCGCGUGGGUGACGACGCGCGCAUGCGCUGCGUCUGCUGCAACGACGGCGCUGACGAGCCCCGGCCCGUGCCGACCAGCGCGCCCGAAGACCGCGACGGCGCCGACGUCGCCGCCGACGCCGACGCCGACGCCGACGGCAACGACGACGACGACGACGACGACGACGACGACGACGACGGAGACGGCCCGUACCACUCCGCCUAAGCUGGGUCAACCCCAGCCCACUACCGUUAUUCUUUAGUUUCACAUUACCAGGGGAGAACGACGCUUCAAAACGCACCGGCCCUGCGGCCACGGCCGCAGCCGUUGUUUCUUCUAAAUGUAUUUGUCGUCAGCUUCAAGAAACCGAAGUAGUUCCCUACGUAAAUUGUAGCAAUUCCCAACUAUUGUCCUACUGACUUUCUGUGACUGAUACAUAGCGCCGAAAAUGUAAGGGUAGACUACUUUCUUAACUACCUAUCUUCAUCUGUUGAAGAGUCUUUGAAGAAAGACUGCCUUUACGAUAAUGUGCGCUGACAUUCUUUCGCAGAAGAGUUUCCUUUAACGCAGUAGUUAAGUGUGGCAUAUGUUUGCUUUCUCUGUAGCUAUAGCUCUUCUGUUUACUUAUCCUAGGACUAAAACGAAGUGUGAGCUACUUCUUUGUGACCUGUCGUCAAGGUGACGCCCUAUUAGUUGUCCCCUUCCCAAAGUGAAUAUCAGGUAGUCAUCACGAACUGGGCCAAUUUUUUUCUCAUAUUUCAAGUAAGUAUCGUUAGUAUAUAAAUACGAAUGUCAAUCAAACUACUCAUUGGGACAAUAGUCAAUACUCAGAUAAUUAACCUUUCACGCGGAUAAAUAAUACUUACGAUUAAUAUUUUGGAAAAAUGUUGAAAGACUCAAUUAUGAACUACAAGCAGUGAUAAAACAAAAUAUACUCGUGUGACCUUGAAUUCUAUGAAACAUUCAAUACGGAACAGUGAAUGUAAUAAUAGAUAAAAAAUAGUGGACUGAUGUUAUUUUACUUUCCUAGAAAAAUGUCUUUUGUGGAUCAACAGCAUAAAAUUCCAUACGAGUUUUGCGUUAUUGUCCAAGUGCUCAUUUUGUUUGCUUUUAUAGAACAAAUACGUAACUAAAUUAGCGAUUUAGCCGCUUAUUCCAUAAAACAUGCUGUAUAAACCCUGCUUUGCUUCACACAUUCUUGUAAAUAUCGUGGAAGAAAUUCUAGAAGCUCGGCGGGCUUGUUGUGUUUCUUCCAGUGGGUUCCAGCAUUCUUAUUGGUAUGCCUUCGUACAACAGAUGGUUGGCUGAUGGAAUGACUUAUUUACGUCUUAAUGUUGAUGAUACAGGUACUAACGUGUAUGCUGGAACGCAGAAGACAAAAACUCCGAUAUAUAUACAUAUUUGUGUUUGUGCGCCUGCGUGUGGAUAUUUGUUUCGCCAAAGAACAGGGCGUUGCAGUGCGACUUGUGAGAAAAUGUUUAGUUGGUGAAUGCCGACAUAAUUUCAUAAGGAAAAAUGAACUGUUUCUUGUUGUUAUAUCAUUAACGCUUACCGUUUUGCAGAAUUUAUUAUUCCGAGCACUUGAAUCUGUGCUCGCCAAUCAAGCUUUAAAUGUGAUAAUAAAUGUCAUUGGAAGUAGGAAGAAGUAGCUUCAACAGUUAUCAGUUUCUGUUGCUCUGUAGAUCUGAUAAAGAAUUUAGUAUAUUUAGUAAAUACGUGUUGGAAUACUAUUUCCACUAUUAUAGGCGCUUUUGUGCGUAUUGUAGAAUAGUUGUGUAUGUAUGCCUACCUGUGUCAUUGAAUAAAAUGUAAGUGUAUGCAUCUGUAACAGUUGAAUUAUUGUAAUCGUUGUACAAUAUUUAAUUGAUAUGUCUGCUGGAAAUUUUAAUUAGUGAGUGUGGGUUUAGUAGUGGAAGUGUUUCUGUUUGGCAUUUGUGCAGUUAUGAAAUGUAUUGCUAGUUACAGGGCACCUGAACGAAAGAUACUAAAAUAAUAUGUACAUGGAAAACCACAGAAUUCACUAUAUUUUUAUUGGCAGAGUGGUUCUGAUUACUGAAACGUAUUUCAGAUCUGACUUUGUAAUAAGUAUUUCAUGUAGUGGUGGCAAAGACGGCUUUGAAAUAACUUUUAAUAAUUAGGAAUUCACGGCUGUUGUUUUUGUUAAAAUUGUAAUAGUCUAUUAUCCUCAUUGGCCUUGGAUUGGCCUAAUUGUACUUCACGAGCUACAUGUUUUUCAUUGCACACUUUAAUUUUGUUCGAUAUAU